CUCCCAUCAGGGCGAAAUGGGGGACCUAAAAGCGACCAACAGACCCUUUGUCUCUCUGAUUUUCCCACGCCCCUCUAAAUUGAAAUCCUAAAUCCGCCCAUACUUAUAAAGCAAUUUGCAUUAAAGAAGCUGCUGAAGUACCAUCAUAAUGGUAUGCAAAUGAAGCAAACAUGAACAUUAUUAGAUUUUGAGUUUUAAUAGAUUGCAGAGACCAAGCGUAAUAUAUAAUAAAAAAAUCUUUAUUUAUCCAGGAUUACAUACUUAGCGAUAACGCCUGUUUGCAAUAUGGCCUUGCAUAUGACAUACAUACAGACAGAUAUUAGUAAAAUAAACACAGAUUAAAAGAAAUGAGUAUAUAUAAACUUAAGCAUCACACGGGUAAACGCGUUAUCGGACAUUCGGUUUGGGAAACAUAGGGUAAGUUCAUACAUGGUUUUUAUUGACGUCACCAUUGCCGGUAAAGGGUUACAAAAUCUAGGCCUAUGCUCGGCGCUUAUGGCCUUUGAGCAAGAAAGGAUCCGAUAUUUAUCGCCCCACACCUGCUGUGACACGGGUCUCAUCCGAAGGACCGCCCCAUUUAGUCGCCUCUUACGACAAGCAGGGAGUACUGAGGACCUAUUAUAACCCGGAUCCCCAUUGGCAAUUUGUAUAUGUGUAAUUAUAGUGAGUCAAUACAGGUAAAGUAUGGGGCAUUUCAUGCUAGGAAGAGGGAGCUUGGACUGAUGUCAAGUUGUAAAAUGAUCGAGCGACAAAAACUUUUUCUAAAAAUAUGGAUUUUUGAAAACAUUUAAAAAAAAUCUAAGCCCUCAUUGAAUCCGUAUUUUAUAUUUUUGUUUCAGAUACCAUUGAUGGUUACACGUGCUACUACUGUAGCUUCUCGGCAUGCCAUUUCGAAUAAUAGUAGAACAUUGUACAGAUAACCAUCCCAAUGUUUUUAUUAAAUACAGACAAUAAGUCAUUAUUGAUUUAACACGUGAAACAUCAAGGCUAUACAAUGAGAAAAUGACAUAAAUUUAUAAACUUACCAGAGACAACCAAGCAAAAAUACAUGUAUAUGUUACAGUAACCUAAUAAGAACUAAACCUUGAUGUACUACCUACCAAAGACCAAACCACAUGUAAAUCAAAUGUAACAAUACUAAUUUCUACAUAGAAUUUACAGUGGCUAACACAUGCACGAAAACACACUAACAUAAAACUCAAUCAAGAUGGAUGGACAAUUAGGAUAAAUAUACACCCCUUUCUCCAUCGUGAUCAAACCCGAACUUGAUGGUACAGUCAUUUUCUAACGGAUGAUGGCAUGUUUUCUGACCAUGCAUAACAUGCAAUUUAGUGCCAUUGCAAUCUUGCCCGGUAAUUAUGCAAAACAGGCUUUUUGUCAUGCACUUGGCACAUGUAUUCACUGACCAUUUGUUAUGCUACACGGACAGAUGGUACUAAAUAUCCGGAUCGCACUACAUGUAGUUUGCAGUAAAGAAAGGAGACAUUUUAAAAACAAAAUCUUUGUGUCAAAGAUAGGUUGUGUCUAUGGCGUAACAUUUACUGUGGGAAUACAAUAAAAUAUUGGAAUAUUAUGAAGACAAUCAUUAAACGUCUUGAUAAGGAAGAGAAGAGGCAAGACAAAGCAAGUGGACUUAAAACAUGAUAUCCUGUCGAGUAGCGUUAAUGCCUUCCAUGGUCGAUGAGGAAAUGUAGGAGAGCGUUUCACCGAGUACACCGGACUCUCUCCUGUUAAAGGUAAGAUUUUCACCGAGUACACCGGACUCUCUCUUGUCGAAGGUAAGAUUUUCACCGAGUACACCGGGGGACUCUCUCCAUUUUCACCGAGUACAUCGGACUCUCUCCCGUUGAAGGUAAGAUUUUCACCGAAUACACCGGACUCAUUCGUGCUGAAGGUAAGAUUUUCACUGACUCUGAGAACACCAGAUUCACUCAUAGUGAAGGAGAGCUUUUCAUGGAUUACACUGGACUCUCUCGUGUUGAAGAAGAGUAUUUCAUUAGAUACACCGGACUCUCAUGUUGAAAGAAAGCAUUUCACCGAGUACACCUGCCGGACUCCAUCGUGCUGUUAAUGGUACAUGUAAGUUUUUCACUGAGUGCACCGGACUCACUCGUGGUGAAGGUUCAAGCGCUUUUCACCGAGUACACCAUUCUUUCAGCAGAAGGCAAGAUACUCAGAUUUACUUUCUUCUGCCAACCCUUGGAAAAUAGUUUCUGUACGUGACAAUUUAAUCACAUGAUAACAAACAUUAUCCUUUACUCUCCCUUUAAAAGUUGUGGCAACAGGUAAUAAACCAGAUUUGUUUCUGAAAUGACAGUUCACUACUCAAUAAGGAAAUUUUUAAUGCCCAUUAGUCGGUCAACAGUCCACUCUGAAAUCUCCAUAUACAUGCAAGGACGUGGAUUGUGCACACUAUGACUCAAUUUUAAAUGCGGUAGUGGUAUUCGUAUAUCUGUAAAUGAUCUGCUUAUUUUUGGAACUGUUCACGUAGUUUUUAUACCAACAGUGCAUUUGUGGUAUUGACAAUCAGGAAGUGAACUGCAAAACAUGUCGUCCAUUUUCAGCGAUUCUCAGUUUCUCGUGGACAAAGUAGAAUAUCCACCGAAAGCUUUUUUCGACAAAUUCUGUAAUCACUUGCCCAGGCUAGUGGAGGUCACCCGUGGUUACUACGGAGAAGAACAGGUCGAGACAUACGAACGAGGACAGGUCCUGUUCAUCAGGAGAUUCGGCUCGCAGGAGCGGAUCAUGGCCACGGUGCUUCAGGGUCCACGCUCCCUACUGCAGAAAAAGAUCAGCAUUCCCGUGGACUACAGCGCCACCUUCAGCUUCGUCUCCAAUGAGAAAGGGAAUAAGAAAUACAGUUUGCGUCGAGUACUGUCCAAAAGAAAACUGCCAACUGAGGUUGUCUUUAACCCGGAUGUGACGUCAGAUUUGACAGCAUCAGUUAACUUACUUCACACUGACAAACUGAUUUUGCAGCUAAAUCGUUCAUACCAGGAUGUUUUUCUACUGGGUCAUAAUUUGACCGAAGAUAAGGUAACCUCUACGAUCCAAAAGCUUCCUCUGUACCUCACAGAGGUGAAGAUAGCAUUGGUUGUUGGGAGAACUGGUUACCAAAAACAGGAAUGGGACAUUUUCAUUCAGAACUUAAAUGAAAUAUGCGACAGCCAAAUACAAUGCAAUAGUUAUCUUGGAAAUCCAGAUAUAGCUCUGUACACCAAUGACUCGAAAGAUUUUGAUGCUACGGUUCAAGUGCCAAACGUGUAUUGUACAAUAUACGACUGUCUGAAUGAAACCGAUGUGUAUCAGAGUCUUCAUGGAUUAAAACCAGAAACACAUCCGGCUGAGGAGCAAUGCGACACAUACGAAAUUAUAGCGAACUGUGUUAGAGAUAAAGCAAUUGUACAGCCAACGAUUGCGACAAAACCUGAAAGGAAACUUUCAGUAACGCCACAACACCCAACGGCAGACAAACUCGUUGCAGAUGUAGCAAAAGGGAGUGACGUCACACCUAAAGUCCCUCCACGGAGCAGAACUGUCAGAGUAAAGGACAAAAGGCAGAUAUCUACGUCAGGAUUUACGAUGGAAGAAUGUGACGCCAUCGCUUCCGGAGUCACAGAAAAGGCUCCAAAAGUACCCCCGAGAAGUGAAGAACGGCGAGGGAGAAAUGUCCAAAGCAAUAAUAUUCCUGUUGAUCUUGUAACAGGGAAUGUUAAUGAGAUGAACAUUGAGGAUGUGAGUAAUUUGUUACACAAACUCGGACUCGAGAAAUACAUCCCAGUGUUUCAGAAGCAGUGGAUAGAUGGUGCAAUACUGAAUGAACUCAAUGCAGACAUUUUACAUAGCGAGUGUGGAAUGAACAAAAUUGAAGCUGUACGGCUGAUGUCGUAUGUGAAAAGGGGUCACAUACCGAGAUAGAGGGGUUUUGUAUAGGAAAGCAUCAAAAGCAGGAAAUAAAAACCCUUUAUCAGACAUAAAAGACGUACAUUCAAAAUAAAUGAUUGAUAUGCCAGUAUUAUCAAUAAGGAAGAAUUAUAAAUACUAUAUUUAUGUGUAGGAAAAAUACAAGUGCACUUAUAAACAAUUAUUUGAAGGUAAACAAACACACUGGCAUGCAGAUCUCAUGCAGCUCGUGAGUAACCAGUCAAAAGAUAUCAAAUCACAAGACGCCCCUUACUUUACUUACCUGAGGAAAACCGACCGGUUGAAAACCUCGGCCUUUAAGUUAUUUCAUUAAUUUCAACCCACAAUAAACACAUUUCCCAUACAUACAUCCAUAAACACAUCCCAUCAAGAUAAUUCCGUAUAAGGAAUUGCAAUAUAAAUGUAAGGCACUUAGAAAAAUAAAACUAUACAUGUAUUAGAUUAAAGCUGAAUUAUCCGAUGUUUUGAAAACAUUUGUCCACAUUCAUGCACGUGACCAUUUCUGCAUGCUUUACUUCAGUCAGCUAGAGGUUCAUAGACUUCAUCAUGAUGUACUCUUAAGGUUAAUGUAAAGUAGGCUACAUGUAUAAUAUACAUCAGAUUAAUAAAGCAAUGCUUUGUGAA